AAUCUCCCAGUACUGGACUCUAUCAAGCCUACCGGAGUUCCUUGCAUUAGAAACCCCAAUGAAACCAACGGUGGAUAUGCUGCUGAUUGCUAUGCAUGUGUCAAAAGAAUUGGAGCACUUAUCACGACAUUUGGUGUAAGCGAGCUGUCGACUAUAAUUACGACCUGA